UUCUGGAGGUUCCCAUCUGAGCCUUCGCUCUGUCCAUUCAUUUCAGCAUUGUUACGGUCUUUUCGACCACCUGACCACUCUUUAUCGCCUGCUAUUGUUACCCAACCAUUCGAAUCAAUAUGAUUGCGCCCACAACUUCGUUGUUGGCCGCGUUCCUGUCCUUGGGCGGCCUCGAGCUCGUCGCAGCCCGGGAGGCAGGACAGAUCCGGGACUUGGGAGCGCGUGAGGUUAGCUCCGCCGUUACUGGUUCCUCCCAGCCCGUUACGCCUGUCGAGUUGACAACCAGGUCCGAAACGAGUACGCAUGAUUCAGCGCCCGCUUCGGACAAUGAAAAAACAAGCCCGAUCGUUGACCCUUCACCUGUUGUUAUCGUUGUUCCUGUAACCAUUUCCGUGGACGCCAAUGGUGUUACGCAUACUAUUGUGGGUACGGCACCCAACGUUCCCGGUGCUUCAACGACAACUAGCUCUACCCUUGAGCGUGCAGAGAGUACCCCGGCGGCAGCUGCUGCUACUUCGACGGCGAGCGCGACUACAUCCGACAAGGAUUCAACUACCAGUGACUCGGCAAAGCAGAAGUCUACAUCCGAAUCCGAGAAGCACACUUCCGCGUCUGAAGCGUCAGCGAAACCAGAGGCAGCUUCUUCGUCAGCAGCAGCAACGACGGCAGAGACAGCUUCUUCGUCGGCCGCAGCGGCGGCAGCAGCAGCUACUACAUCUAGCCAGAGUUCGUUGGCUGACUCCUGGGAGAGCUUCAUUUCAAGUAUCUUGGGUUCCUCUACCAGCACCAGCGCAACCUCCACGGCCAGCCCUACCGCAUCGCCAGCCGAGUCCAGCUCUGCAACCCCCGCUCCCGCUUCAAGCUCUGCCGGCGUCAUUGUAGAUGUCACCUCAAGCAAGAGUUCUACAAGCGAUAGCUCGACGACUUCGGAGAGUUCUACGGCUAAGGAAUCCACCACUCAAAUCUCUUCCAGCCCAGCAUCCUCGACCCCUGCUUCCACUACGGAGUCUUCGGCCGAGGCUUCGCAGUCGGAAUCUGCAACUCCUAGCUCGAAGGCAGAGACUUCGAGUCAACUUCUCACUAGCCAGAGCGCAUCUGCCCAGAGUUCUUCCGCUCAGGUCCCUCUGGCUGAGUCUACUUCGAAGUCCGAGUCUUCAACCCAGAGCUCCUCGAGUCAGGUUACAUAUGUUCAGGCCACCUCGUCAGGCGCAGCCUCUCAGACUACUGGGUCAGCAUCCUCGAGCCUCAUCCCGUCUGCAUCUGAAGACGUGACCUCUUCCUCUUCCACCCCCUCAUCAUCAGGAGGUGUCCUCGGCUUCCUCUCGGACCUCUUCCCUACUACCACCACUUCCAGCGGAUCUGCCUCUGCUACUAGCAAGAGUGCAAGCGAGUCUGCCGACUCCAGUGCUUUCCCUCUGAGCCUCCCUACCAUCCCCGUUAGUGUUCCUGUGGUUACGCCUGCCUCAUCUUCUGGAUCGGUCAAUAUUGUUUCUGCCCUACUUGGCACAUCCUCAGGCGCUUCCUUGGAACCUUCGGCCAUUAGUCUGGGUAUAUCGGCCACUUCGACGGCUCUUAUUCCCGGAGCUUCCAGCGGAACCCAGAGCUCCUCAGCGGGAGCCUCGACUCCUAUCAGCAGUGGUGUUGGCAUUGUCAUCAUGCCCACUUCGACUGAAUCUGAUUCUGCUUCCGUCUCAGGAUCUGCCUCGACGGGUCUUUUUGGAACCACUUCUGAAUCAGCAUCUUCAUUGGCUUCUGGAUCCGCCUCUGGAUCUGCAGGCGUCAUUCCUACAUCGGUGUCUGGAUCCGUUUCGGGAUCUGCAGGUGUUAUUCCUACAUCGGCUCCUGGCUCUGCAUCUGGAUCUGUGUCGGGAUCUGCUUCUGGAUCCGUUUCAGGCUCUGCCAUUGGCACCAGCUCUGCAUCCAAGUUUACCUCCAUUUCUGGCCCUGCCUCUUCGAUACCCUUGAUCACUUCCACCCAGGAAUCCUCGGGUCUGGUAUCUGCGACGCCUUCCUAUGCCCCGUCCACUACCAGCAAGGAAACGCCCACGCCUAUCGCACAACCCACCACGACGACCACCUCGGCCGCUGAGACGACUGUAGCCCCCAAACCGACCACGACCACCUCCGAUUCUGACAACUACCUGCCGUCAAGCAUUCUCGUGGUUGAGCCCACGACUACUACGUCACUGAGCACGGGCACAGCUACCCAUUCGAGUACCAGCACUGCUGCUGCUCAGCUUCCUGGAUCGAUCUCUCCUUCUGGUGGUCUUCCCGAUCAGCCGGCCAACGAUACCUUGGUCCAAAUCGGAUUCAAUGGCAAACUGCGCUGGAGCUUUGUGGCCACAACGCCCUUGUCUUCCUCCCAGAUCUUCUUGUAUGUUCCCGAGGGUAUGGGCUACGCGUUGCAGCUCAAUGACUCUGACGUGGUCAUGUACGACCUCCAACCCUACGACAACUCGGCAAGCACUGGCUACAUUGCUACCGUUGCGCUGAUGUACAUCCCUUCGGAUGACGUUGACACCCUGAGGAAGAUGCUCCACAACCCCAUUUCGAGGCUCUACGAGCAGCCCAACGAGACGGUCAAGACAUUGAUGUCCAUGAUCGACCCUUCCAUCCCUCUUCUGGUGGGCGACUCGGGUUCUUCCAGUGGCAGCUCGUCCAACAGCGGUGGAUCGGGUAGCAGCAGCAGCAACGGCGAUGGCAGUGACGGUGACUACGACCAAAGCGAUGCUGGUACCAGCUCAUCUGGAACCACCAAGGCUAGUGCCGUUGGUAUCGGAUGUGGUGCUGUGGCCGGUGCUGCAGCAUAUGGUGCUGGUAUGUUCUGGGUUGCGCGUCGGUACCGGAAGAAGCGCCAGUUGCACCAGCGCUCCCCCUCGAGCGUCGACCAGAUGAGCGAAGGCCGCGGCGCUGGGUCCGUCUUCGGCGCAGGUGGCCGUCUCUCCCGCAACAGCCAGAACAGCCGGGGCACUGGCCGCACCCAGAUGAUCAGCGCGCCGGUGAUGGCCGAGAACUCGCUCGGCUGGAACUAAGCCCAUCAGUAUCUCUCUUUUUAAACCAUGGAUCGUGUACUUUGUUCAAUACUAGACAGGGCCAAAAUAUAAGCCGAAGUCAUGACGCAACGCUCUAGAGAGGUUGU